UCACUUAGUACAUUCUUUGACUGACCCCUAGAAACAAUCAAUCCCUUUCUCUCCCUCGACGAAUUCCCCUGCCCUUUACUUCUUCACAAAUUCACUUUCCAUGCCUUCACUCAAAAUUGCUAAAUUGUUAUCACACUUGCCUUUCGUAAUGCUUUAAGUUCGCAGUUGACGACUGAGGAUUGAACCUAUCAAGGAAUUUCUUUGUCCCUUUCACUCCUUGCUGUUCUGUUUCAAGGAUAAGAAAAGGAGGAAAACGGGUUCAGGAACUUGUGUUUGAAAAUUUGACGAGUUGAGCUGCGUAUUUGGGGGAGAUGGGUUUAAUGGAUUCGCAGGUUUUAGUUGCGCUUGCACUUUCCCUUCUGGGUGGUUUGAGUACCUCUAUUGGAGCACUUUUUGUUGUCCUUAGUGAGACUCCAAAUCUGAAGACACUUGGGCUCUUACAGGGUUUUGCUGCUGGGCUGAUGCUGAGCAUAUCUUUCUUAGACUUGGCUCAUAAUGCCAUUAAUUCCAUUGGCUUCUUAAAGGGAAAUCUAUGGUUCUUUGCAGGUGUAAUUUUCUUUGCGGUGAUUGCCAAUUUCAUCCCCGAACCAAAUCUUGCACCCAUUUCAAAUGCUGGAGAAAAAUAAGAGCCAUUUUGUGCUUCAAAACAGAAAAAUGGGGAUGAGCGUAACAAAGAUAUCAUGAAGAAGCAUCGUCGUCAAGUCUUGUUUAGUGGAAUCAUCACUGCCGUGGGUAUAAGUUUGCACAAUUUUCCCGAGGGAAUGGCAGUGUUCCUUGGAUCAAUGAAGGGUCUUCGUGUUGGUCUGAACUUGGCACUAGCUAUUUCCUUGCACAAUAUUCCUGAGGGUGUUGCUGUUGCACUUCCUAUUUAUUUUGCCACACAAAGCAAAUGGCAGGCAUUCAAGCUGGCUAGUCUUUCUGGUUUCGCUGAACCUCUUGGUGUAAUUGUUGUAGCUUACCUAUUUCCCAGUAGCCUGAAUCCUGAAAUUCUGGAGGGCCUUCUUGCAUCAGUUGGUGGAGUGAUGGCUUUUCUAACCUUGCAUGAAAUGCUGCCUUUGGCAAUUGAGUACACUGGACAAAAGCGAGCUGUAAAGGCUGUUUUUGUUGGCAUGGCAUUCAUGUCUGCAAGCCUAUAUUUUCUUGAGAUGAGCUUGCCUGCGGAAAUGAGCUUGUAGUCAUUGCACCCAAACGGCAUCAAGGGUUUUCGUGCUAUUACACAAUCUGCACGACUGCUGAACGUUUCGUGUAUGAGAAUAUGAUUGAUUGAUGUUUGUAUCAGGAAAGCAUAUAUACAAACACGUGAAUGGGAUUGUUACAUAUUUGAAUAGUAAGAAAAAGAAAAAGAAAAAGAAAAAGAAAGAAAAGACAUACCACAAUACAUUUUA